CUUGGCGAAGAGGCGAAGGCGAAGUGCAAAGAAAGAGGGAGGACGAGGACAUCAUUCUGCCUGGUGACUGUGAAUUGGACAAUAAUAAUUCAACUCCAGCAUUAGGUGGAUUUAAAGUACUAAGCUUAUCUUUUUAGUUUGUGAUUGUGCGUGAUAUUUAGUCGAGUGUUUUGAUUUUGUUAGUUUUGAUAAACGGGCGUGACUGAGAACAUGAUUUUCAGAGCUAGAAAUUUAAUCUUCCUAUUUGCUGUUGCUGCACUUGUAAAUGCCGAAGAAAACAAACCAGUGCAGCCCGCGGCUAAUGGAGUGGCAACGGCAGGUCCCCAGCCAAUACCUACCACAGUGACUCCGGAACCUACAACCACAUCUAAACCCGAACCAACAACAGCUCCACCUACACCCGAACCCAAACCAACUACUCCAUCUACACCAGAACCCACACCAACUACUUCUACUUCUACUACACCCGAACCAACCAAACCUACUACUAAGCCUACUACUCCUACUCCUCCACCUACGACUAAACCUACUACACCCACACCCAAAACCACCCCUGAGCCGACUACCCCCACCCCUGCACCAACAACACCAGCCCCUGCUCCUACCACACCCGCACCCAAAAUUGAAGCCUGGACAGUCAAAGGAGUUAACGACACAAUCUGCAUCACGGCUAACAUGGUUAUCUCACUCAAAGUGCCAUACAAGACAAUUGAGAACAAGACUGUCGAGGCUCCAUUUGCUGUUAAUCAAGUAAAGGAUGCCAACGCGACUGGAUCUUGUACCACUGGAAACAAUGCUGAGGAUCUCAUCCUGUCUUGGGACGAUGUCAACGCAACCUUCCAAUUCGCUCUCAACAGCACCACCAAAAUGUAUUCGAUCGACUCUAUUAAGUUUGUCAUCAAAGUUAACAACAAGACGUUCCCCAACAACACCAUGACCAAUGUGACGGAGGUGCUGUUUCUAAACACAAAGCCGCUGUUUUCCGUGUCUCAGAACAACUCGUAUGUUUGCAACAACGUUCCCUCUGUGCAUAUGAAUGGUGCAACAACUCCCUUUACCGGCACCAUCAAUGGCACUCUGACUGUAACCAAGGUCCAUGUGCAGGCGUUUGGAACUGACCAGAAUGGCAAAUACCGAGCACCGAUGGACUGUGAAAGCCAUGAGACACCAGACAUUGUACCUAUUGCUGUUGGUCUGAUCCUGGCAGGACUUGUGGUCAUUGUGCUGGUAGCCUACAUCAUCAUGUAUCUUACCUGUGUCUAUCGAUGGACUGUGAAAGCCAUGAGACACCAGACAUUGUACCUAUUGCUGUUGGUCUGA